GACUCGAACCGCAUGGUCGACAUUUAAUCAAUAAACAACCCGAGGCGCCUACAGACGCGCUACAACACAUGCCUUGCUCACAUAACCUUUACUCGGAUGGUCAACCGAAGGAAAUGAGAAGGAAAAAAUUUACGAGAAUAAAACCCGGUCUAAACUUCAUGUGCGAGACAACCAGCAAGCUAGCAAGAUUCACGGUGGCGACUUGUCCAGGGUGUACCCUGCCUACCGCCCGAAACGCAGCUGAGAUAGGCUCCAGCGACUCCGGAAGGGACAAGUGGUAAAAAAUGGAUGGAUGGAUGGUGUUUAUGUUUAUUAUUGUCGCAUUUUAGGUCCAGGUGGCGCCAUGAGGGCUUGUGGACGAGCUUCUAGAAGGAGAAAGAAGAAACAUGGCAGAGUCGCCCAAGCGGCGUCUCUGAGCCACCGUCUUCAGUGCGUUAGGCUGCUGAGGUUCCUUCGUCGGCGGGGAUUCGAACCCACGCCGCUGCGCCCGGCGACCUUCCCAGGCACAGGACGAGGUCUGCAGGCGGUCAGGAACAUGGAGGCCGGUCAGUUGCUGAUUUCUCUGCCACAGUCCUGUCUCCUGACAACGUCCACUGUGAUGGACAGCUACCUGGGCCCGUUUAUCAGGAGCUGGAAGCCCCGCCCCUCGCCUAUGUUGGCGCUCUGUGUGUUCCUGGUGUGUGAGCGACACAGAGGACAGGACUCUGAUUGGUUCCCCUACGUGGAUGUCCUGCCCACCACCUACACGUGCCCCGCCUACUUCAGCCAUGAUGUCAUGGCGGUGCUUCCGGCUGGCGUGCGGCAGCGAGGGCUCCAGCAGAAGGAGACCGUGCGACGAAUACACUCCUCUCAUCAGCACCUGUUCAAGACUCUGCAGCGGGUCCUCAGUGAGCCGGUGGAAGACGUGUUGACAUAUGAAGCGUUCAGGUGGGCAUGGUGCAGCGUCAACACCCGCUCCGUCUUCAUGCCUCAGCCGUCCAACAGCUUUCUGCAGGGACAGGACGUGUACGCCUUAGCUCCCUUGUUGGACCUGCUCAACCACCGUCCUGACGUGCGGGUCCACGCGGGAUUCAACCAGGCGACAAAGUGCUACGAAAUCAGGAGUGUUUGCAGGACGCCGCGUUUCCAGCAGGCCUUUAUCAACUACGGUUGCCAUGACAACCAGCGCCUGUUGCUGGAGUAUGGCUUUGUCGCCCCGGGCAACCCGCACAGCGUAGUCUACGUGGACAAAGAAACCCUCUGUGAGCUCCUGAAAGGUGACAAAAGUUUGGAGCAGAAGAUGAAGCUCCUCAGCGAGAACGAUUUCCUGGAUAAUCUGACCGUGUGCAGCGAAGGUCCCGGCUGGAGGCUGAUGACGGCUCUCAGGAUGAUGUCCCUGCCACAAACACUUUAUCACCAGUGGAGGGCAGUGUUGCACGGCCAAGCGGUGGGCGAGGAGGCCGAGCGGUGGAGCGUAUGUGCGGCGGUGAAGUUGUGUGAAGGACUGCUGUUCGUCACGCUCACAGCUCUGGAUCAGAUCGCCAGUCUUCUCCAGCAGGGGGAGCAAUUGUUGAAGGAGCAGCUGCAGGUAGUGGAGGCACUGAGGCUGGAGGAGAAAUAUAUCCUGGGAAGCUGCCUAGAGUCGCUACAAGGUUCACUCAAAGUGUCGAGCGUGUUGUCAUGCCAACCGGAUGUCAACGACGCAAGCUGACGGAUGAGGGAUGUUCCUACAGCUUCAUUGGAGUCCAGUUCAGUUGGUUGGACAUGAUUUGGAAAGUCACACAGUUGUCUAUACAGAAGGUCCACACUUGACCGUGCAUGGCAGAGCACACACCAGAAAAGAAGUCCAAGGAAUUGUCUGUAGACCUCCAGGACAGGAUUGUCUCCAGGCACAAAUCUGGGGAAGUGUAGGGAAAAAUAUCUGGUGCCUUAAAGGUCCCAAUGAGCACAGUGGUCUCCUUCAUCCGUAAAUGGAAGAAGUUUGGAACCACCAGCACUCUUUCUAGUCCAAACUGAGCUAUCAGGGGAGAAGGACCCUAAUCAGGGAGGUGACCAAGGACCCUAAUCAGGGAGGUGACCAAGGACCCUAAUCAGGGAGGUGACCAUAGACCCGAUGGUCACUUAGUCAGAGCUACAUCAUUCCUCUGUGGAGAGAGGAGAACCUUCCUGAAGGACAAUCCACCAAUCAGGCUCGAGUGGCCAGACGGAAGCCAUUUCUUAGUCAAAAGACAACGAGAAACUAAAUUCCCUGGUCUGACGAGACAAAGAUUGAUGCCAGGUGUCAUGUUUGAAGGGAAACCACCGGGCCAAUACCAUCCCUACAGUGAAGCAUUGUGGUGGCAGCAUCGUGCUGUGGGGAUGGUUUUCAGCAGCAGGAACUGGGAGACUAGUCAGUAUAGCGGGAGCAACGUACAGAGACAUCUCCUCCAAACUGAUGGAACUUGAGAGGUGCUGCAAAGAGGAAUUGUUGAAAAAGCCCAAAGAUAGGUGUGCAAAGUCAAAAAUACUUGAGGCUGUAAUUCAUGGGUGUCAAACUCUGGCCCGCGGGCCAAAUUGGGCCCGCCGUUUAAUUUCAUUUGGCCCUUGAGGCAAUAUCAAAUUAACAUUAGAGCUGGCCUGCCGGUAACACCACAUUCACCGCUAAUACUCAUACUUGCCAACCCUCCUGAUUUUCUCGGGAGACUCCCGAAGUUUAGUGCUCUUCACGAACAUCUCCCUGGGCAACCAUUCUCCCGAUUUCCACCUGGACAACAAUAUUGGGAGCGUGCCUUAAAGGCACUGUCCUCUACAACAUGCCGUCACGUCCUCUUUUCCUCCAUAUAAACAGCGUGCUGGCCAAGUCACAUAACAUAUGCGGCUUUCACACACACAUACUUGAUCAAACGCCAUACAGGUCACACUGAGGGUGACCCUAUAAACAACUUUAACAUUGUUACAAAUAUGCGCCACACUGUGAACCCACACCAAACAAGAAUGGCAAAACACAUUUCGGGAGAACACCCGCACGGUAACACAACAUAAACACAACAGAACAAAUACCCAGGAUCCCUUGCAGCACUAACUCUUCCGGAAUGCUACAAUAUACACCCCCCGCUACCACCAAACCCCACCCACCUAAUUUUUAUUUUAUUUUUGAAUUUAUUAGCCUGCGGAAAAAGUUAAUGUUGAUAUUUACCUCAGAAAGCUGCAAAUAGAAAAGAGGCAUUAAUUUUUUUAAUUACGUUUUAUUUAAUAUACCACUGAUGUUUUUUCGUUUGUUUUUUUAAAGUUGAUUUUGCACUAUUAUGUUAUAUAAGCUCUGCCUGUUCCAUGGGAGGAAGCCCAAGAACCCGGAGGGAACCCACGCAGUCACGGGGAAAACAUGCAAACUCCACACAGAAAGAUCCCGAGCCCGGGAUUGAACCCAGGAUUACUCAGGACCUUCGUAUUGUGAGGCAGAUGGACUAACCCAGUGGUUCUCAAACUUUUUUUUGUCAUUCCCCACUUUGGACAAGGGGGAGUUUUCAAGCCCCACCUGCCCCCAUCGCCACAACAGAACGCUAAUGCCAAGCUUAACAUUUUCAAAUUUAUUGAAGAUCAAGUAACAUUCAAGUCAGGGUUUCCCACACAUUCAUUUAUUUGUGGCAGCUGGCCACUAAAGAAUUACGGCCGAGCAGUGGGACUCUGUCUGUGAAUGGAGCUUGUAGUUACAUAUUAUAUAAAUAUGUAAAUAUGAUAUAAAUAUGUAUUUAAAUAUUUACAUAAAGUGUUGUAAUUAUAUUCCAACUCCGCAUUCUUCUUGGUCAUUGCCGCCGCAAGAAUAUAAUAAUAAAACAUUUUUUUAAAGUGAAAUUCCCUCCCGUUCCUCGCGCCCCACCUGUCAUGUCUCUAUUCCACACAGGUGGGGCCCGCUCCACACUUUCAGAAACGCUGCACUAACCCCUGUCACACCAUGCUGCCCUAUUUAAGCCUUGCUUGUUCAAUAUUCAUUGCAAAACUUGUUUGGGUCCCUAUUAAAAGGUUAAUUUGUUCAACCUUGGCCCGCGGCUUUGUUCAGUUUUGAAUUUUGGCCCACUCUGUAUUUGAGUUUGACACCCCUGCUGUAAUUGCUGCCAAAGGUGCAUCAACAAUAUACUGAACAAAGCGUCGGACUAAAAAGUUAAAGUACCAAUGCUUGUCACACACACAAUAUGUGUGGCAAAAUUAUUCCCUGCAUUUGACCCAUCAACCUUGAUCACCCCCUGGGAGGUGAGGGGAGCAGUGGGCAGCAGCGAGGGCCACGCCCGGGAAUCAUUUUUGGUGAUUUAACCCUCCAAUUCCAACCCUUGAUGUUGAGUGUCAAGCAGGGAGGUAAUGGGUCCCAUCUUUAUAGUCUUUGGUAUGACUUGGCCGGGGUUUGAACUCACAACCUACCGAUCUCAGGGCGGACACUCUAACCACAAGGCCACUGAGUAGGUAAUAUGUAUCUUCAUGUCAUUUUUGAGUAUUUUCACUUUUAAUAAAUUGGCAAAAAUAAUUCA